AUGGCUUCCUCGCAACCCAUCAAAAAGGUACUUCUUGUCGGUGCCCAUGGUGCCGUCGGCAAAGUCAUCCUCGAGGCUCUCGUCCAGGCCGCCUGCUUCGAAAUCUCGGUGCUGCGACGGUCGACCUCUGCUUCGCCCAUCGCCGCUGCCGGCAUCUCGCAGAUAAAUGUCUUGCCAGACAUGAGCCUCGACGAGCUGACUGCGGCCUGCGCUGGCCAGGACGCCGUCAUCGCCGCGUUCAACCUCCGAGACGUCUCGCAGCACCUGCGGCUCGUCGAGGCCGCCUCCGGUGCAGGCGUCAAGAGGUACAUACCCGCCGACUACGGGAGCUGUGAUGCCGCGAGCCCACGAGCGCAGCACCGAUUGAAGCUCUACCGCGACAAGACGCUCGUGCGAGAAAAAUGCGAGUCGCUGGCCGAGAAGGCGACCCGGGAAGGCGGCCCCUUUUCCUGGACAUCCAUCAUCUGCGGCCAUUUCUUCGACCACGGUCUUCACGAUGGCCUGCUUCACUUCGACCUCGGCGCCCACAAGGCCCAAAUCCUCGAUGACGGCAACAUCAAGGCGUCGGCUUCGACGCUCGCUCGCGUCGCCGAGGCCGUCGUCCGCGUGCUGCAGCGGGCCGCCGCGACGCGCAACCGUGCCGUCUUCGUGCAGAGCUUUUGCCCGACGCAGCUCGAGAUCCUCGCGUCGCUCGAGCGUGCGACUGCCAACAAGUGGCGGACCCAGCACCUCGAUUCCAACGCCUUUCUGGACCGGCAGAGCCGUCGUCUCGCCGACGGUCACCACGACGCUACCGAGGAGAUUGUCUUCGUCCUUGGCACCGUCGAUGCCGACUGGACCCACAAGGACGGCUUUGCCAUGGAUUUGCUGGGACUGGAAAACGAGAACCUCGACGAAGUAGUUGCUGCCGUCGUGGCAGAUCACGCGAAACGCAAGGUCUCGUCAUAG